AUGCCAGCGGAGGAAAAGUUGGAGAGUACGCUUAACACCCAAUUUUUACUUAUAUAUCUCGACGCAGAUGGCAAAAUUCGUCUACGAACCUCUGGGUCAAUCGCAGAUAGCUUCCCGGCGAUACUAUCCAUGAAGGUGAUGGAUGUAUUUCUGGAAGCCAUUGAUGUGUCAAAAGAAGUCUGCUUCUCAAACGAUCAAGCUGAACACGGAAUGCCAAUGUCGCCUACCCAAGCAACGAUGGCCAUGGCCAAAAACCUCUCCCCUUCAUCACAGAUCGCUCAAAGCCCCUAUGUUGGAAUGAGCCUUGGGGAUGAAGGGCACAUGGGAAAUCCUGUCCUAGCGGCGACUCCCUUUCAACCUGUGGUAUGGCCUGUUGACAGACAUCCUUGGCUCUUCUCGCCCACAAAAGGCCCCAACUGUGAAUGCCAGAACUUAUGCAACGAGGAGGUCAAACAUAGGAGUGCCAAGGAAGCAAUGAUAUCCGUUGAGGACCGAGAUAUCUUGGCCUUAUAUUAUGAAAAGGCCUUCGAGAAUCUCCAACAGACAAAUUGCCGAACACUUGCGAAAGCCUAUGUCAAGCUCGUGGAGCCUCGCAAGCAGGUGAACUAUCCAUACAAUGGACGAAAGAUUGUUGCGGGAACUCUAAGGCAGUUUGAUCCUAGUCUGACUAAACCACCAUGGUGGCCCUCUGAAGUCAGCCACCGUGAGCCAGAUCAUCUUCCUAAAGUUGAACGCAUUCGGCUUCUAGUUCACAUUCUUCGGGAGCUUCGAAUCAGUCACGGGAUCUCGGCUGCAAAGCUAAAAGAAGUUGAUCAGCCAAUUCGUCGUCAGAUUUCUCCACCCGAGCGAUUACGGAUUUUGGACGAGCUCUAUCAAGUCAGGCAACAAGAAGAAGAAUUCUUAGACGGAAAAACUAACGGCCCAACGAUGGCGUGGAUCUCUCGUGCAAAUCUUCCUAAAACAGAAGGGACCGCUGGCGCCACACACGGCAGCGGAAAAGGCAGCGGGAACAACAGCUCCGCUGAUCCAGUUACCGUUCGAGAUAUGGAGACAUCUAUAGGCUGCUGGGGAUACGUCUGUGCUAUGGAUGCGCCUCAGGCUGUAUUUACGCCCCGUGGAGACUUCGCAAAUGCAUCAUCGAACCAUCAAGCCCUCCUAAGUCAAAUCGACAAGAGUGAACCGACAGAACAAAUACUCCCGCACCAACCCAGUUUUGACUCUAUUGUGUCUGUCCCUCCUCGACAUUUGAAGAGGAAGCGCGACUUCGUUGGAUUCCACCCGGCUAAACCAAGGAGCCCUAACGCCCUUUCGCACAAUUUCCCUCCUCCCCCUAGUCCUAGUCAGUCAUUGUCAACGAACGUCUAUGGCCCUGAUUAUCCAAUCCAGUCCCCGUGGUUCUAG